GCAAAGCCCCUCAUUUUGGCAGAACUUACCAUGUCGACCAGCCGCAAAUUAAAGAGUCAUGGCAUGAGGAGGAGCAAGAGCCGAUCUCCUCACAAGGGAGUCAAGAGAGGUGGCAGCAAAAGAAAAUACCGGAGGGGCAGCCUGAAAAGUAGGAAACGGGGCGAUGAUGCCAAUCGCAAUUAUCGUUCCCACCUGUGAGCCCCCAGCGGGCUCUGCCCUGGUGCACUUCACACAGCACCAGGCAGCAACAAGAACAGCAGAAGGGGGACUGCCAAGGAGACCUGACGUUAGAUCAAAGCCAGAGGGCAGCCUAUGGAAUGUGGAUCAAAUGCCAGUUGUGACAAAAUGAGGAAUGUAUAUGUUGGCUGUUUCUCCCCAACAUCUUAAUAAAAUUUUGAAAGCAGAAA